AUGUCGUAUCCUAGGAAGGGCUGCUUCAAGUGUGGCAAUGUGGGCCACUACGCAAGUGUGUGCACGGAACCCGAGAGACUGUGCUACAACUGCAAGCAGACUGGCCACGAAUCGAACCUCUGUCCCAUGCCCCGUACCACUGACUCUAAGCAGUGCUACUCUUGCGGAGGAGUGGGACAUAUUCAAGCGGAUUGCCCUUCGAUCCGGGUGGCACGGAACGCUGGAGGCGCUGGAGGACGCUGUUACAACUGUGGCAUGUUUGGACAUAUGGCGAGGAACUGCAGGAACGCACCUCGAUUCAACGGCCCACCCAUGCCUCGUAACCAUUUCGGUGGCCCCCCACCACCACUCGGCGGACGCAACAACUUUGUCAGAAACAACAACAACGACACCUUCAACAACAACAACAACAAUGACACUUUCAACGACACCUUCAACAACAACAACGGAGACUUUGGCGGUAACAACAACAUUAGCGACGGCGGCGGCAACACGGGAGGCUUUGCGGGCGGGAACCAAAGAGGAAGAGUGAUUUGCUACAAGUGCGGAGGAUUGAACCAUUUCUCGCGCGACUGCAAGGCCAGUGGGGUCAAGUGCUAUAACUGUAACCUGUUUGGUCACCUAUCGAGGGAGUGUCCUGAUGGGCCCCGCGCCCAGGUUUGUUUCAAGUGCCAGCAGGAGGGUCAUAUCGCUCGCGAUUGCCCUCAAAACCAGGUGUAG